AUCAGCACGGCCGGGGGCUGCCUGGGAGAAGGGAGAGGCUACAGCCACGCUGGGCUCGGAGCGGGAGAGGAAGAAGAGGAAAAAGAAGAAGAAGAAAGAGAGGAGGGAGCCAGGAGCCGUGCGCGGCACCGCUGAGGCGAAAGAAGCGAGCACCCCUCGUCAGGACGGGUCGCCACAAAAAAUGCGGCGCGAGGUCCCGCGCGCCCCGCGCUGAUUGGCCAACAAUUCCCGCCGCUCGUUCUCUCCGCCUUCCUAUUGGCUGCUGCUUCCCGCCCAGCUCCCGCGCGCUGCCCGCCGCCGCCCCUCAGCGCCCUCAGAGCCCUCGGCGCCCUCAGCCCGGGAUGGCGGCAGCUGGCGGCGUCCGUGGCUCCCAGCCCGGGCUGGCUUCGGCGUCCGGCAGCGCCGGCGACACCUCCCUCCUCGGCAGCGCCACAGUGUGGCCCUUGAAGCGCUACGCUCGCUUCAUCCCCCCGAAGGACGGUGACGAGGAGGGGCAAAGCACCUCUUGGAAGGUGUUUGAAUCAAAUGAAGAAUCCGGCCCUCUAGUCCUUACCAUUGUGGAGUCUGGCCAUUUCUUUAUUUCCCAAGCGCGAACAGUGCUGGAAGGCUUUUCCCUGAUUGAUUCCCACAAGUGGCUGAAGAUCGUGAGGAAAGCAGAGUGCCUGCUGCUCCAGGCACAGGCCAAGAACGAGUGCCGCAUGUUCCGCGUGCAGUUCGGAGGCAGCUGCAGGGAGGAGAUGCAGCAGCACUGCUGCAGCUGUGUGCAGAAACUCAGCCGCUACGUCCCGGUGCAGGGCGCGGAGCACAGCCAGGACACCCCGGGCAUGGACACGGAGCACGCACCAGAUGAGCCUCUCUCAGAAUCCUGCACAAGCCUUGGAGAAAGAAAAUCUGUAGCACAGCUCGCACAGUCGAUGCUGCGGCAGCGCCCGGAGCUGCCCCCGGUGCUGCGGCACCCGGCGUGGAGCGCCCGCGAGCUGGGGCCCUUCAUCCGCCUCUGCCUCAUGGACCAGCACUUCCCAGCCUUCGUGCAGGACGUGGAGAGGGAGCUGCACAGACUGGCCGAGGAAUGAGGCACGACCGGCCCUCCGCGGGGUGUGCGCAGCUCCCGUGAUUAAAGGUUGAAAAACGAGGCCUACA